AUGUUUGACCGCCUCCGAAAAUUUGGCGUUGUUCUAAACCUGUCCAAGUGCGUCUCCGGUUUGCCCUCCUUAAAAUUUCUUGGACAUCUGGUUGACUCUAACGGCAUCCAUCCUCUUCCAUCGAAGGUUGCGACCAUCCGUGAUUUCCUUGCUCCCACUUCUAAACGUCAGCUACGGAGAUUUCUGAGCAUGGUGAAUUUCCCCCGCCGGUUCUUCCCGCACAGUACCGACACCAUCCGGCAGCUCACAAUCAUCCUCUCGGGUCUCAAACGUUCGCUCGCGCUGUCUGCGGACGCCCUCACUGCAUUUGACAAGGUGAAGGCUACCCUGACCGAAGCCACCCUCCUGACGCAUUUUCCUCCCGAUGCUCCCAUCUCCGUCAUGGUUGACGCCCCAAUGUUGCAGUAGGCGCGGUUCUGCAACAGCGCCUUACAGGUCACACGCAUCCCUUAGCGUUCUUCUCCAGGAAGUUAUCGCCUGCGUAGACACACUACAGCACAUUUGGACGGGAGCUGCUUGUUGUCUUUCGCCGUGAAACACUUCCACUACUUCCUUGAAGGCAGGGAUUUCGCUGUGUUCACGUAUCACAAGCCUCUUUCCUUCUCUCUCAAGUCCACUUCUGACAAGCUCAACCCGCGGAAAAUUCAUCAACUGCACUACAUCUCGCAAUGUACCUCAGACAUGCGCCACAUCGACGAGCCAAGCAAUGAGGUGGCUGACGCACAGUCAAGGCCCUCUAUCGUACAUCUCCAAUCUUCUCUGGGGAUCGGCCUAGCAGAGGGGGCUGUUAAAAAACGCCCUGUUGUUUUUGCCUGUGACGAGGACGUUUCCGGACUCAGACUCCAGGACCUGCCACUGACUACUGGCAAUGGCACCAUACCAUGCGACACCUUCACUACUUCCCGCCGUCCCUUUGUGCUACCUUUCCUCCACCACAAGGCCUUCUCUUUCCUGCAGAACCUAUGA